GUUGAUAUAGUAGCGGGCGCCCUAUGAUGACGUCGAUACGCGCUGGACUCCAUAUUUGUUUGUGGCAAAGUACAACGUUCUACUGCCAUUCUUGCUGUCACCUGAUAGGGUCUUACAGAAAUGAAGGCCAAAGGUGUGAGCGCGUUCUGUGGGGACUGAGCAAGGGUGCGCAACUUAUAUCCUGUGGGCUGCUGCAUUUUGCGCGUUUCGGUUCAGUAUGCGAUGGGGAUCUGCUGGACUCGGUGCUGCGGCAUCUUCCGAAGAGAGACUAGCCGGCUACAGAGAGCUGGAGGCGGAUCAAAAUAUUUCAAAACUACCACCAGAGGCGAGCACUUUACAAUUGAGUUUGAAAACCUUGUUGAAAGUGAUGAGGGAGAAAGUCCUGGCAGUAGCAUAAGACCCUUGAGUGAGGAAGAAGUAUUUGAUCUAAAGGAAAAGCAUUAUGAUUCUAUUACUGAACGGCAGAGAACUGAUGAUAUCAGGCUACAAAAUGAGUUAGCCUUACAAGAGGAGAAGUUAAAACUAGAAGAGGAGGCUUUAUAUGCUGCACAGCGGGAAGCAGCGAGGGCAGCCAAGCAAAGAAAGAUUUUGGAGCAACACAGGUUGCAGUGGAUAAAGCAAAGAGCACUAGCAGCUAAGAAUGGAGAAGAUGCAAGCUCUGUUUCAGAAGAUUUUGAAACCUACUUGCAGAAUCUGAAGUCACAAUAUGGAGCUUUUAGGAGCAGCAGAUUGUCUUCUGAAGCAAAUGUAUUGACACCCAACACAGAAAGCAGCUGUGAUUUAACUACAAAAACAAAGUCAACAAGCGGGAAUGAUGAUAACACAUCUCUUGACCUUGAGUGGGAAGAUGAAGAAGGAAUGAACAGGAUGAUCCCAAUGAAAGAGCGCUCAAAGACAGAAGAGGACAUCUUAAGAGCAGCCUUAAAACAUAGUGGCAAGAAGCCUGGAAGUCAUGGAGCCUCUGCUUCUGAUGACUCAAAUGGGCUCGAGUGGGAAAAUGACUUUGUAAGUGCAGAAAUGGAUGACAAUGGGAACUCUGAGUAUGCAGGGUUUGUAAAUCCAGUCACAGAACUAUCUGCUCAGCAUCAGAAUAGGUAAAGACACUCGCUCAUAAAUAUAUUAAUGACCAAACAGAUGAAGAUUCUCCUUCCUUAUGGAUUACAAUGAAUGUACACUUUUUCUUGGAGCCUUCAUUUUUUUUUUUUUUUUUUUUAAAUGAUAAAAGGGAGAUUGGUAGAAAGGUGGAAAGUUUUAAAAAGAACAAGUGCAAUUUUCACUGUUUUUAAUUUCCUUUUAUUGUGACGGGUCCAUCUAGUUAGUAUUUGCUGCUUUUUGUCUAGGAUCACUAAUAAAUUAUCUGCACUAAGUGAAAACUUAA